AUGCAAACAUCCUCCCAUGAAAACAACCGUUUAAAUGAAUUUCAAUACUCUCCCUUCUCACCUUUUCGAACCUAUCUUGCUUCAUUGGCAUUGGGUGUUGGAUCGUUGUUCAUUCCAUCAUCGAUUGGCUCUCGUUUCAUGAUCAUUUGGAAUUCAUUGGAUGAUCAUUCCUCUCUAUUUUCACUCCAUAACAAUCAUAUCAUUCCCUUCUUUUUGAGAUGUAUCGUUGGUCCAUCUUUCCUCUUGUCUGGUUUAUGGAUGAAUAUGAAUGCCAAACAUGAAUUUACUAAAAAGAAUACACCAACGAAUCCAUUAGGAAAAGGAAAAGUGAGUGCAUUGGUCACUUCAGGUAUUUACAGUUAUUGUAGAAAUCCAAUUUAUAUGGCAGGAGUGCUGAUUCAAUUAGGAAUAUCAUGCAGUGGUAAUUCUUGGUUGCCAUUGUUGUGUCUAGUCCCAUGGUUUUUGGCAUUGAAUCUAUUUACCAUUCCAGGAGAAGAGAAAGGUCUUGAAAAGUUGUUUGGAAAUGAAUAUUUAGAAUAUAAGAAGAGAACAAAAAGAUGGAUUUUAUUUUAA